AUGACCACAUUCACUUGGGCCAAGCUUCUGAUUGCCGGAUGGCUCGCUGCCGUCGCAGUUGCAACAAAUCCUGCAGCGUCUCCUCCCACCUUGCCAAACCCAAACUCCCAUCCCAACCACGCAUCCUUUUCCCAUGCGAGCAUGACCCGCUCGGCCUCUUCUCAGCGCACACACACCACCGAACCACCUGCUCAGUCGUACAGAUGGAUGAUCUUCUAUGAGUAUAGCAACCCGGUCAACGGAUGUGCUCCGUACACAGUCGCCACCAACUUCCAGUUUUCCUCCACCAAAUACUUUUCCAACAAGUAUCACCUGGCCGCCAAAACCGUCUGUGCCAGCAACAACUUUACCUGCAUGCCCAUUCCGCUCACUGCAACUAACACCGAAACCGUUGGCAUCCAGUGCUUCAACAACUUCAACACCUUCCGCACUCGACUCGACCGCCUCUUUGAUCAGCUACUUACUGCCUCGUCGGCCCUCAGCAACGUUUCUCUGAAUGCCCUUAGCGUCAUCGGAGAGAAUGCAUAUUUGACUGGAGAAAGCUUGAAGAAGUGUAUUUCCAAAAUUGACCGCAAAACCAAUGCCACCGUUUACUCCCUGACAACGAUCGCUCCCAACAAAACCAGCAUUAUGCGCUAUACCCGCUGCGACCCAACUUGUACCAACUGCACCCUGUCGUCUACUGUUCCUCUGGGCCAGAGACGCCCUGCUGGCAAAAACUCGACUGACUCCUCCAACUCAACCGUUGUCUCGGCCAACACCUCUGUCUAUGACACCUACUUGGCUUCGGCCGUCGUUCAGCUCAACGCCAACUCCACCCAGUCUAACUCACAGGCGGGUCCAGGCGCCUUCUCUGGUUUUGGAGUUGGAGUCUUUGUUAUCGCACUGUCACUGCUAUACCUGGCGGAUAUCAGACGAUAG